UUCAAUGGACCAAUUCUUGAAAGUUUGCUCAACAUUCCGAAUUUCAAAAAAGAUGGAAACCCAUUUAACACUACUGUUUCUCCAUUACCUUCACCUCCAUCGCCCUUAAGACCAGCCCCUGCACCACCACUUCCCGGGGCGCCAUCUUCUGGGACAUCUCCUGAACAAAAACCUGGGAAACAUGCUGACGGGCCAUCUGCAACAGAGGGUUCGACUUCUGGAGGAAAAAGCAAAACUACUAAAAGGGUCGUUUGGAUAUCAAUUGCCGGGGUGUUUUCAUUUAUAAUUAUCGUAUUAGCAAUUUUGCUUCUUUUGCCAAAGUGUCGCAGACGAAGAGGAGAAGCUGGCGAAAAUUUCAAGCCACAUCAAAUAGGUGCAUAUAGAGGGAACAGAGAGAAUCUUGGGGACAAUGGUUCCUUGAACCAACCAACCAAUCAAAUGGAGAAAGUUCAAAAGGAGGCAGCUGCGAAGCCAAAGAAUCAUCAAACAGAGAUGAGGAUGGGAGCAGUCCAAAGCCGCAACAGGAUCAGAACAGGAUCC